AGCGAACCAGACGAGCACAACUGGACGCGUCUGAGACAUUUCUCACGCGCCGUGAAGGACUGUGGUCCCGUGAAGAUAGCCAGGCGCUCAUAUACAAGGUCGAAGCCAGCACCCACCCGAAUAUAUCCACUUCUCCUACCCUCCCCGACUCUUGAAUCCUCACCAUGUCCAAAGUCACCUUCGCCAUAAUCGCCGCCGGUGGAGCCGCUGCUGGCGCCGCAGCAACAGCAGCCUUCUACUCGACAGGGAGGAAAGAAGGGCAGCCAACACCAGUCUCUACAACCGUUACCACUACAGUAACAGGUCCUCCUCGGCCAGCACCUGUCCCCACUGUCCCCGCCGUUCCUUAUCCGUCCGCUGCCGCCAGAAAACCACUCGUAGACCCCAACGGCCUCUUCCAAUACGGCUUCCCCGGUCCCGUCAACGACCUCCGACCCGCCGCAUCCCUCACAUCUUCGUACGACCGCCGCACGCGUAACCCAGCAUGGGUGGCCGAGCACAUCACCCCCGAGUCGUUAGCGAACAGCAACGCAGACCGGAAACACUCCGUUUUUGUCGAGGACAUAACGAUCCCUGAGAUGUUCCGCGCAAAGCUGAAGGACUACUUCCGCUCAGGCUACGACAGAGGCCACCAAGUGCCGGCUGCGGACGCGAAAUGGUCCCAGGAGGCCAUGGACGACACGUUCAGUCUGAGUAACAUGUGUCCGCAGGUUGGGGACGGGUUUAACCGUGAUUACUGGGCUCAUUUUGAGGACUUCUGCCGAAGACUCACACAUACGUACCCCAGCGUCCGCGUCGUCACUGGCCCUCUCUACCUCCCCAAGCGCGAACAGGAUGGGAAGUGGAGAGUCAACUACGAGGUGAUUGGCAACCCGCCCAACGUUGCCGUGCCGACACACUUCUACAAGGUCAUCUUUGCAGAAGACGGGACGCUUGGGGGAAAGGUUGCCCUGGGUGCUUUCGUCCUGCCAAACGCUGUCAUCGCCAACAGCAAGCCGCUCACGGACUUUGAGGUGCCAAUCGAGGCAGUAGAGAGAGCGAGCGGAUUGGAGUUCGCAACGAAGCUGGACGUCUCCAGGCGGAAAAGAUUAUGCCAGGAGGUCAACUGUUCGGUCAUUGUCAAGGAGUAUGCGCAGAGGCAGAAGACGGUUACCAAGAAAUGA